UUGGGUUUGGUUGGUCGGUUCGCUGUGAGUUUCUCGGAGUUACGCUUGCCUUUCCGAGUUGAGCUCGCGUUGAUUGUAUUUUUGUGCUAUUACUGAGUGUCGUGACUUAAAAACUGUUCGACAAUGUCGUCCAAAACAAAAAAGACUGUGACAUCUUCGUCAAAUAUAAGUGUUGUGUCAUCCAUUCAGAGCCCACAACAAUCGAGCACUCCUGUUGGAAGCCGCCCUUCUAGCUCUGCCGGCCGGCCCAGCAGCCCGCUUAGUCCUACAAGACACACCCGCUUACAAGAAAAAGAUGCGCUACAAAACUUGAACGAUCGUCUGGCGGCCUAUAUUGACAAGGUCCGCCAGCUUGAAAGCGAAAAUUCGGGUUUACGACGAGAGAUCCAAACUACUCAGGAGGUGGUCACACGUGAAGUUUCAAACAUCAAGGGGAUGUACGAGCAUGAACUACAAGAUGCUAGAAAGUUGUUAGACGAUACAUCCAGAGAAAAAGCAAAGUUAGAGAUUGAUUUGAAGCGAUUGUACGAAGAGAACGACGACCUUAAAAAGCGCUUGGACAAGAAGACCAAAGACUGUACCCAGGCAGAGAACUUGGCUCGUCACUACGAGACCCGCUUCACGGAGGAGUCCAACAAGUACAACUCGGCCCUCGCCGACAAGAAGAAGGCCCAAGAUGAAGCCAGGGAACUCGCCAAAGAGCUGGAGAAACUCCGCAAGGUGUACGCGGACACUCGCAAGACCCUGGAAGAGGAGAUGCUGUGCCGCAUCGACAUGGAGAACACCGUGCAGAGCCUGCGUGAGGAGCUCUCCUUCAAGGACCAGGUGUUCCAGCAGGAGCUGCAGGAGACCCGCACCCGCCGCCAGGUCGAGAUCUCCGAAAUUGAUGGACGCCUGGCGCAGCAGUAUGAGGCCAAGCUGCAGCAGAGCCUUCAGGAGCUGCGGGAGCAGCAGGAGGCCAACAUCAAGGCUAACCGCGACGACAUCGAGGCCAUGUAUGAGAACAAGAUGAAGAACUUGCACGCGGCCGCCAACCGUAACAGCAACGCCGCCACGGUGGCAGUGGAAGAGCUCCGCACCAUGCGCACACGCAUCGACUCGCUCAACUCCACGCUCAAUGACCUGGAGAACAAGAACGCGGCGCUCAGCAACCGUUGCCGCGAGCUGGAGCGUCAGCUGGAGUCGGAGCGCGCUCGUCACGCCGAGGACCUGGCUUCACUGGAGCAGGAACUGGCCCGUCUGCGGGACGAGAUGGCCGCGCAAAUGCGCGAGUACGCCACGCUCAUGGACAUCAAGAUCUCGCUCGACCUCGAGAUCGCCACCUACAGGACGCUACUCGAGGGCGAGGAGGACAGGCUGAACCUGACCUCGCAGUCGCCGGGGCGCAGCGAGUCGCGCGCGUCCGCGUCGGGCGCCAGCGCGAGCGGGCGCGGCACGCCCGGCCGGCGCGCCACGCCGCUCCGCGCCGCGCGCAAGCGCACGCUGCUCGACGAGAGCGAGGAGCGCAGCCUGGCCGACUACAGCGUCACCUCCAGCGCCAAGGGCGACCUGGAGGUCGCCGAGGCCUGCCCCGACGGCAAGUUCGUCAAGAUCCGCAACAAGGGGAAGAAGGAGCUCAGCCUGAGCGGCUACCAGGUGGUCCGCAAGGCGGGCGACCAGGAGACCCUCUUCAAGUUCCACCGCACCGUGAAGCUGGAGCCGGGCGCCGUGGCCACGGUGUGGUCGGCCGACACCGGCGCCGAGCACGACCCGCCGCGCGACAUCGUCAUGAAGGGCCAGAAGUGGUUCGUCGCCGACAACUUUACCACCGCGCUGCUCAACAAUGAACAGGAGGAGGUCGCCAUCUCCGAGCGCCAGCGGAGACAGGUCAGCACGAGCGCGCAGCGACACCGCGAGCUGGCGCACAAGUUUCCCCGUCGUGAGCAGCUGGGCGAGAUCCGCGAGGGCGACGAGAACUGCCGCAUCAUGUAACGGACUCGCGGCCGCCAGGUGCCUCCCCACCAGUUACACAAUAGGAUUCCUUGCAGCCCGACUCACGACACGUGGCCGUGGCCUAAAUUGGGCUUUUCUUGUGCUAAAAGUUAAAGUGCAGCCACCUACCCUCCUACCCUCGGCUCAUCCCCGUACGGUAUAAACGUGAGCACGACUUAGACCACGGCCAAAGUAUUUCUAAAAUGUUCACGGGACGAUUACUAGACCUUGACUGGCUUGAAUGAAUAAUGUGUGAGCUUUAGGGAGUUGAUUUUAGUUGAAAACGAUCAAUAUUUUGAUGUCAAAUGACAUGUUUUUAUGAGUGAAUAAUUUAAUGUAAAAAUACAGGUUUUUGGUACGAUUUGUGGUGCUUUAGAAAUAAAGUUACGUCCCGUUUCUCUACUUGCUUAAAAGCUGGUUUGAGCACUGAUUAAAUUUACCAGAUAGACUUGUGUUAGAUUGACUGAAGUCAAGUGCAAGUAAUAGCACAGCCUUAUAUCUCCGAUUUUGUAAUAGAAAUGAACGGCUAGUCUGAAAUGGCCUGUUAGUGGGUAGCUGACCACUGCCGUUUUAGUGUAAUGGCACCCGUGAACAGAGUACAAACAUUGUGGUUCACAUUAUUGGUAAGUAUAGCGACAUGUUGAAUGAGCAUUGAAAUUAUUUCCUUCACAAUGCCGCUGACAUGAAAUGUUAUUGUUAUACAUAAUUAUAACAGUUGGGCGUCAAUAUCCGCCUGCCCGGCGCUACAUUGACUGGGGAUAGUGGGGAUCUCUACUAAAUGUUGUUAUGUGGUAAAAAAUGCGUGAGUGUCGUCGAAUACUCGGUUGGUACGAAGUACUUACAUUAUUAUUGAUAAACGUAUUAUGUAAAUCAUGUUAUUGAUGAACAAAUAAAUAAAAAAAACCUUAAUCGAGAAAAUAAUAAUUAUCGAAUCUGCUCACAAAAUUUCACAAAUCAGUUCAGAAAUGCGACUUCAGGCAGGGAGAAAAACUAAACAUGAGAAAACAUUUUUUUACAAGCUGAAACUGAUACGCUUAGCUCGCGCUUAACACCCGCGUAGUCUAUCAAAGAUGUGAAAUUCGUGCAAAAAAAAAUAGGCUACUUAUUCGCGAGAAAGAAUUUAAAUAAGAAGGUAGUUGCCUAGUCCCCAUCCGCCACCGCCAACCGUCCGAAAAGGAACUUCUUUCCAAAAAUAUAUAUACAACUCGAGCUGCUUGCCUACUGGCUGUAUAAUAGCUUGUUCUAGUUUAGCAGACCAUGAAUGAUAAAUUGUAUUUUUGCUUCUACACUGUCAUUAACCUUUUUUUUUUUAUUUGAUAAUCAGCAAACAAUCAGACGAAUUCAAGUCUAUAACUGCAUUAACUGCUAUCAAAGAUCCCCACUAAAGUAUCGCCUUCCCAGUGGCACUUCAGUUUAUACUUUUCUUAAGUGAGACUUUUGUAUGUUAAUUAUCUUUUUGUGUUUACCAUAAAUCCCAAACCUAUUAUGAAAACAUUUGAUGCUCAUUUUAACGUUUUUGUCAAGAAUUAUAAAAUUUAGUUGCUAUAAAGUUCAUUUUUAAUUUUUAAGAAAUUGUCUUCUCGUGUAGGAGAAUAGAUUUUCAUUACUUAGAUAAUAUAUUGUAAUCAUUAAUGAUUUUAUCGAGAGGGGGAGAUACAAGAGUUGUAACGCUAGUCUUAAAAAAUCAAUGUUUUUUUUUACAAAUUUUGUCACUAAUCUGCAAAUGACUGUUGUAUCUUUCCAGAAGUGACUAAGUGAAUCACGUAAUAUUUUUAAUAUAGGUAAAACAAAAGUAUACAGUAAGUUGCGUGCAUUUAGAUUAACGCCAACACGGAAACGGAGUAUACAUCGGUGGGAGUAAAUAGAUUAUACUAAUGCACUAGUUGGUAAUUAAUUUAUCGAUAAUCAAACGUGUCAACAUAUAUCAAACUCGCUAAAGUCCGAAGAUUAAAAACAAAAUCAACUUAUAUACCAAAAUACUACCAAGUUUCGAUGCAAUUUUUAUAUGCGUCGAACACAAAUCUAGAGUGAAGUAGAUUAAAUCUACACCAUUGUUGCAACUCCUACAGCUUUGUGUUAUUAAAUCAGUGUAAUGUAAUGAAUAUUUCUGACUAUGUAUGAGUAAUUUGUUAAGUCCAGUAUUUUGUUCACAUCAAAUGCUAUUUUACACUAAAGUAAUAGGUGCAAGUCUCAAAUGGAAGGUUCUCAUGUAAAAUAUUAAGAAACAGUCUCUUUGCAAUUUGAUGGCAAUUGGAAAAUAUUAAGGAAAAAUGAUUAACAUAUUUUUUAUUAAGAGGAUUGAAUCUGAUUCAUUUUCACGUCACUUUGUUAUUAAAUAAUCAUGAGACCCUUAACUUUGACCGUUUAUAUCUUCCAUGUGUAAAAUACACAUUAUUUGAAAUAAAGAUAUAUUUAGGUUUA